AUGGAAUUUGUGGCUUAUGUUCUGGAUGCAAAGAUUUUUAUAUGGUUCAGAGUCCAAGGUGUUUCUAAGCUAAGCUCCAAGAAAUCUUCCAAGGGGAAGAGAGAGGUGGAAAUGGAGGGAGGGAAUUGUUUCUGGAAGAGUGUUGGAUUGUGUUUUAGGACCCCGAAGGGAUAUCUUUUAGUUGGGACUUUCCAUAGUGCUAAGAUGGUUAGGACCAUCAUUGCUGGGUUGGAACUAUCUGUGAAAGAAGGCCAAUGUGGGCCAUUGUCAAAGACGGCGAGGUUCAAUGCUUCAAAAGGGGUGGUUUAUGUUGGUCCCUUAGGCUUUUACAGGACUAUAAUCACAUUAUUGGCUGUUGUAGUUUCAGGGUUAUCUUUAUAA